AUGGAGGAACCUCGCAAUGUCUACUGGGUGCCAGUGAGGCGGAAACACAACCUGGAUAUCGAAGCCGAUUCUUCCUCUCAUCAACAUCAUCAUCAUACCACCACCACUGGCGCCGGGGCCGCCGCCGCCUUUGCGACUCUCGCUACCUCUUCUACCGCGCACACAUUUACCCGACGUCAGGUUGUGGGAUCAGGCGACCUCGGAGCCAGUACAUCAACAACAGCCGACGUCAUGUCCACCGUCAUCACGGCCGUCAUAAUUUUCAUCAUCAUCAGCACAAGCCUUUUGGGCCUCUACAUCUGGAGACACGGGCGGCAGAGGAAGCCGUGGACGUCGUCGUGGCAAACCGCCAACGACGGUAUGGGACAACAGCAGAUGCAGCAGCAGGGGCGGGGAGAGGAAGGGGAGGGGGAGGAGCAAUGGAUCUCUGGUGAUGGUAUCGCUGCAAGAUAUGCGCAUCACAGCUACAGAGAUGCGCCACUGUUGGCCUGGAACGAAAAGUCCCAGGUAUACGAAAGGACGAGUGAUGUGGCCAGUUCGCUCGGCGUGAAUCAUGUUCUUACAGACGACGAUGGGGAUUACUUCUUUCCCCCAAACGCAAGUAUAACACAUAGCAGAGGUGCUGUAUAA